ACAACCUCGUGCACAUGUAUACUUUAAUACUUUCGUAUAUAAGGUCGAUCGCCAGAGCAACAUCUUCCCUUCGUACCAAAGGCUCGUAGCACAUUCGAGGAGACGAGAGCAAGAUGUCCAACAGUAGCAGCUCCGAGCUGCAGGCGUGUCGAUGGGGCUGGUGUCCACAUGCUUUCCCAGACAAGGCUCAGCUGAAAAAUCAUCUUUUGGAAACGCAUAUUCGACUAGCUGAGACAGUCGCUACGGCCGAACUCAAGACUUGGCAGGGACAGGAUGGGCGUUGGUAUGGGCACGAAAAGGGAUUCGAAACUCAGAUGGUCGAGAUGGAAGGUCUUGGGAACUCUACAAGGAACUCGAAUUCCCUGAGCGAAGGAUCAUCGAAGGGCAUCAUCCGACCCGGAGCUGUAGAAGAAUUCCACCGGUCACCCUUAGUCAACCUGACAACGGCUGAAGAACAGGCUUUCAUGGAGAGUUUCCUCCGAUCCCCUUCACCAAGCGGGAACACGCCACCUCGCCAUUCGUCCGGCUCGAAUCCCGCUACUACUACCGCUGCAGUAGCUGAGGACAAGACGUUCAGUCGUACCAACGCGACGGAGCCCAACGCUUCACAUUCAUCCCGUCCUCAGACUCAACAAGUGCCCCUGGACCCAGAUACGACCGUCUCGUCCCCCGGUUCCACCCGUAUCGCACCUGGACUUCGAUUCAACUCUCAACAGACCGAAAGCCCAGUGAGGUCACAGCAGUCGCAGCAAUCGAGGGAUAGCGGGACGAUCCCGGCUAGUUACCCUCACGAGACCGUACCUCCGAUCUUGCCCUCUCCUCCACCAAAAUCAAAGCCUGUAGGGGUCGAAGGGUCGACCACAGACGGUACGAUAUCAUCCGAGAAAGCUACGGUGUCGGUCUCGACUACUACUGCGGGCACCACGACGGCGAGCAGCAGGACCGUAUACGAUAUACGCAACGAAUCCCGUCUGACCCCUCUCAAACCUUCCUCCGGGAGCUCUUCCACAACAACAACCUCCAACUCCAAUUCCACUUCUACGGGCUCAUCUCAUUCGCCCAUAACCUCCCGUUUUGAAUUCGGCAAGGUCGUCCACGAAUCCCCCCAAGGCGAACCCCUCCCUUUCGGCCAAAAGCGGGUCACACAUGGAGUGGGGGAUAUCGGGUCGGGAUCACCAGGCGGGUCGCCGGACCUGUCUAAACGAGUCCAAGCGGCCGUUGGAUACCCGAUCGGGCGGAGUAGCGUUGGCAAUAACGUCAGCACCAAUGGGACUGGUAAUGGGACUGGCACGCCGACGCCGAACCGGUCUAUGCAUUCGAGCGAGUCGACAUUGACGACGCCGAUGCCAAUGCGGCCAUUAAAGAGGAAGGCGGAGGGCGAGGGUGAUGAUGAUAACGAUAAUCUCGAACGAGAACGAGAACGCACGAGAAGAGCGAUGGAGCUGCAGAGUCGGUCGGGGACAGGAGUGAGGUUUGGGUUUGGACAGGGACCGGCAACAACACCAGGUCCGGCACCAGGCGAGGGACAAGGUAGCAGCAGAGGCAAGAAGUAGGGCGAAAUGUAUGCUUCUAGGGCUUCUUCGAGCUCGUGUGACGUUCAUGAUCAUCUAUAUUAUAUGAUAAUAAUGGCG